UCAUGCCCCAAACAUGUUAUUAUUUUUAACAUAGGCCUCUGUAUGGCCUUCAAUUUAAGCUGCUUACGCUUCGCCACUCUGCCAUGGGCCCCUGUACCGCCUCCUCUUGCUGCUGCCAGGUCCAGAGUGUGUCAUGGGUCCCUGUACGGCCUCCCAUUGCUGCUGAACUUCAUCGCCAGACUCUGCCAUGUGCCACUUUCAGGUCUCCUUACACUGUUGGUGGGUUCCAUUUUGUGAUAGGGUGCUGUAUGGCCUUCCAUUGCUGCUGCCUCCACCGCCACCCUGCGCCAUGUGCCUCUGUCGUCUGCUCACGCUGCUGGAUUUCAAACCACCAGUUCCUGACACAACUGACUAAAUCCGCCAUGAAUCAUGCCCCAAACAUGUUAUUAUUUUUAACAUAGGCCUCUGUAUGGCCUUCAAUUUAA